AUGGCUGCAAAACGCGGGCGCAACGGGGCUAGGGGCAGUCCCGCGGCGGACCGAACGAGUAGGCGCAGCGGUGCGAAGGAAGGGCCUAACGAGCGGGCCGACAGCGGACUUAACGAGGAGGCGCGGCGGCUGGCUGAACUAGCAGGCGCGGCGGCUGUAAAGGAGGGCCCACGGCGGCUACACGCGCUUCUGGCGCUCUCGUUAGCGCUGCUGGUCGUCGCCGCGCGCGCCGGCAGUCCCAUCACGAGCAGCACCGCGAACGAGAAGCCCGACCAGAGCAGCAAGAAGGACGACGGGCUGAUGACGGAAAUCCCCGCGGACAUCGCGAAGCAGGCAGCGGCGGGCAACGCGGCGGGAGUGACGUACGUAGACACGGCGCAGGACACAUUCUUCAUGGCGGACGUGAAGAAGGCCGGGUGGAACGCGCAGAAGUGCCCGCCCGGUUUGAACAAGGAGCUCGCGGGCGCGUGCACGCCUAAGAACUGCUCCAAGGGCGGCAUCGCCGCCAAGUGGAAAACCGCUUACCUGCAGAAGAACAAGCUCGGUUACGAGCUGUACGUGCCGGGUAACCCGCUCACGCUGCUCAAGGCGAACCCCGCGUCGUGCUGCAACACGUGCGCCGCGACGCCGGCGUGCACGUACUGGCAGUACAUUCCCGACAUCACGAUCGACGGCAAGAAGGGCAAGGGCGCGUGCUACCUGAUUCACGACCAGAUCGACUUCACGUGUGGAGAGAUGACCGCGCAGUACAACACGGAGACGAAGCCCGUGCCGCUGCAGGUGCGCAUCGGCGGCGAGUGCAACCCUAGCGCCAAGAUUCUCAACGACCCGCAUCUGGUGGGCGCGCACGGCACGCACUUCGACUUCAACGGCCGCCCCGACAAGGCGUUCUGCCUGCUGACGGACCGCGACCUGCACGUGAACAUGCUGCUGCGCGGGUACUACGACGCGCGCACCGACAACGCGGCGCUCGUGGUGGACGGCAAGGCCGUGCACACGUGGAUCAAGGAGCUUGGUAUCGUGUGGACCGCGGCCGGCGCGGAUCACAAAAUCCGCCUCGCGGCGCGCAGCGGCAAGCAGCAGGAGCGCGGAGAGGGGUUCAUGAAGUCGAUCGAGAUCGACGGCGAGGAGAUUCCGCGCAUGCAGGUGGGCGAUACGGUGACGAGCGCGGGCGGGCUGACGGUCCAGUUCCGCGCGGAGGAGAAGGAGGGACCAUUCGACGUGGACUACUAUCUGCUCACCAUCGACGGACUCGUCUCCCUCGACCUCCGCCUUCGCGUCGCACACCCCAAGCUGCAGACGCCGACCGAGGCCGAGGCGCAUAUCAACGUGGGCAUUGCGGAGCUCGAGCACACGGACGAGAUUCACGGCGUGCUCGGACAAACGUACCGCGCGGAUCACUCGCAGCGCGCCGAGGAUUUCCAGCGCCUGAUCGCAAGCCUGCACCGCCCGAUCUCCGCAGAUGGCGCGGAAGGCAAGGGGUUCCUGGAUGGCACGCCGCGGUCGUACGAGGCGAGCGACGUGCUCGCGGUGGACUGCGCAUACACCGCAUAUGGCCGCGCCAGGCAAGCAAUGCCGGUACAGCAGCUUCCGUAA